CGGGAAGAGUUCAGCCAAUGGGAAAUUAGUCUGGUUCGAGAUAGGAGGCCUUUAGGCAUAGACGUCAUCAUACCGCGACUCCUGUCCGUAUCUGGAGAACCUGGAAAAUGGUGGUGAUGGCGCGGCUUUCGAGGCCCGAGCGACCGGACCUUGUGUUCGAGGAAGAGGACCUCCCCUAUGAGGAGGAAAUCAUGCGGAACCAGUUCUCUGUCAAGUGCUGGCUCCGCUACAUCGAGUUCAAGCAGGGGGCCCCCAAGCCCAGGCUCAAUCAACUGUAUGAGCGGGCGCUCAAGCUGCUGCCCUGCAGCUACAAACUCUGGUACCGCUACCUGAAGGCCCGCCGGGCGCAGGUGAAGCAUCGCUGCGUGACCGACCCCGCCUAUGAAGAUGUCAACAAUUGCCACGAGAGGGCCUUUGUGUUCAUGCACAAGAUGCCCCGGCUGUGGCUGGAUUACUGCCAGUUCCUAAUGGACCAGGGACGUGUUACGCACACACGCCGAACUUUCGACCGGGCCCUCCGGGCAUUGCCCAUCACCCAGCACUCUCGUAUUUGGCCCCUGUACCUGCGCUUCCUGCGCUCACACCCCCUGCCUGAGACUGCUGUGCGGGGCUACCGGCGCUUCCUCAAGCUGAGCCCUGAAAGCGCUGAGGAGUAUAUCGAGUACCUCAAGUCAAGCGACCGGCUGGAUGAGGCGGCGCAGCGCCUGGCCACCGUGGUGAACGACGAACGCUUCGUGUCGAAGGCCGGCAAGUCUAACUACCAGCUGUGGCACGAGCUCUGUGACCUCAUCUCCCAGAACCCUGACAAGGUGCAGUCUCUCAACGUGGACGCCAUCAUCCGCGGGGGCCUCACCCGCUUCACCGACCAGCUGGGCAAGCUCUGGUGCUCGCUGGCCGACUACUACAUCCGUAGCGGUCACUUCGAGAAGGCUCGGGACGUGUAUGAGGAGGCCAUCCGGACUGUGAUGACCGUGCGGGACUUCACCCAGGUGUUUGACAGCUAUGCCCAAUUCGAGGAGAGUAUGAUUGCGGCGAAGAUGGAGACUGCCUCGGAGCUGGGGCGGGAGGAGGAGGAUGACGUAGACCUGGAGCUACGUCUGGCCCGCUUCGAACAGCUCAUCAGCCGGCGGCCCCUGCUCCUCAACAGCGUCCUGCUGCGCCAGAACCCGCACCACGUGCACGAGUGGCAUAAGCGUGUGGCCCUGCACCAGGGCCGCCCCCGUGAGAUCAUCAAUACGUACACGGAGGCUGUGCAGACGGUGGACCCCUUCAAGGCCACCGGCAAGCCCCACACGCUGUGGGUCGCGUUCGCCAAGUUUUACGAGGACAACGGGCAGCUGGACGAUGCCCGCGUCAUCUUGGAGAAGGCCACCAAGGUGAGUUUCAAGCAGGUGGACGACCUGGCCAGUGUGUGGUGUGAGUGUGGAGAGCUGGAGCUCCGGCAUGAGAACUACGACCAGGCCUUGCGACUUCUGCGGAAGGCGACAGCGCUGCCUGCCCGGCGCGCUGAGUACUUUGAUGGCUCAGAGCCUGUGCAGAACCGUGUGUACAAGUCUCUGAAGGUGUGGUCCAUGCUGGCCGACCUGGAGGAGAGCCUCGGCACCUUCCAGUCCACCAAAGCAGUGUACGACCGCAUCCUGGACCUGCGCAUCGCCACGCCGCAGAUUGUCAUUAACUACGCCAUGUUCCUGGAGGAGCACAAGUACUUUGAGGAGAGCUUCAAGGCAUACGAGCGUGGCAUCUCGUUGUUCAAGUGGCCCAACGUGUCGGACAUCUGGAGUACCUACCUGACGAAGUUCAUUGCCCGCUACGGGGGCCGCAAGCUGGAGCGGGCACGCGACCUCUUUGAGCAGGCGCUGGAUGGCUGCCCUCCCAAAUAUGCCAAGACGCUGUACCUGCUGUACGCGCAGCUGGAAGAAGAGUGGGGCCUGGCGCGGCAUGCCAUGGCAGUGUAUGAGCGUGCCACCAGGGCUGUGGAGCCUGCGCAGCAGUACGACAUGUUCAACAUCUACAUCAAGCGGGCGGCUGAGAUCUACGGGGUCACCCACACCCGCAGCAUCUAUCAGAAGGCCAUUGAGGUGCUGUCUGACGAGCAUGCCCGGGAGAUGUGCCUGCGGUUUGCUGACAUGGAGUGCAAGCUUGGGGAGAUCGACCGUGCCCGGGCCAUAUACAGCUUCUGCUCGCAGAUCUGCGACCCCCGGACGACCGGGUCCUUCUGGCAAACGUGGAAGGACUUCGAGGUCCGGCAUGGCAACGAGGACACCAUCCGGGAGAUGCUGCGGAUCCGCCGCAGCGUGCAGGCCACAUACAACACGCAGGUCAACUUCAUGGCCUCGCAGAUGCUCAAGGUGUCGGGCAGCGCCACGGGCACCGUGUCCGACCUGGCCCCCGGGCAGAGCGGUAUGGAUGACAUGAAGCUGCUGGAGCAGCGUGCUGAGCAGUUGGCGGCGGAGGCUGAGCGGGACCAGCCCUCAAGGGCCCAGAGCAAGAUCCUGUUUGUGAGGAGUGACGCCUCCCGGGAAGAGCUGGCUGAGCUGGCCCAGCAGGCCAACCCGGAGGAGAUUGAGCUGGGCGAGGACGAGGAUGAGGAUGAAAUGGACCUGGAGCCCAACGAGGUGCGCCUGGAACAGCAGAGCGUGCCAGCCGCUGUGUUCGGGAGCCUGAAGGAAGACUGACUUCUGCCCCUGCCCACUCUGCCUCUCCCCUCAAUGAAGCUUGUGUUUGUA